GAAAGACAGAUUAUCACAAGACAGCAGGUUUUUAUUACUGUUGUCAGAUAUUGAAACCAGUUUUAAUUUUGUUAUUUUGUGUUAUUUGAGAAGAAGGUCUGCUCAGCUGAUUUACCCACAGCAGUAAUCUGAUAUCAUUUUGAUUUAAUAAAGAAUCAGAUCUGACCAGGUGUGAGUACUCCUGUGACUUCCUGUGCAGACUGAAGGCUGCUGCAAACUGUCCAACUUGACCAGUUUUUUGGCUCCGCCUCCUGCUGCCGCCUGCUCUCGUCAGCUUUCUGGGCGAGGCACAGUUCAACUCCAGCCAGCCUCAAACUUCACAGCAAACUGAGUGAGCUCAGCUACAGGAGAGAAACGUGGGGAACUACAAGACUGCUGCUUCAACCUGCCGAUUCGCCACACACUGAAGUUUCACUCUGAGACAAAAUGGCAUCCAGAUUAGAGGAGGAUCUCUGCUGUCCCGUCUGUCAGGACAUCUUUAGAGAUCCUGUUGUUCUGUCAUGUAGCCACAGCUUCUGUAAAGACUGUCUGAAGACCUGGUGGAGAGAGAAACCAACACGCGAGUGUCCGGUUUGUAAGACGUUGUCUUCAAAGAAACAACCACCUUGUAACCUGGUGUUGAAGAACCUGUGUGAGGCCUUCUUGUUGGAGAGACAUCAGAGAGCUUCAGAGGAUUUCUGCAGUCUGCACUCUGAGAAACUCAGAAUCUUCUGCCUGGACCAUCAGCAGCCAGUGUGUCUCGUCUGCAGAGACUCAGAAAGACACACCAACCACACAUUCAGACCCAUCAAUGAAGCUGCACAACAACACAAGAAGAAACUUCAGGAAACUCUGGAGCCCUUAAAGGAGAAGCUGAAGGUUCUUGAACAAGUUAAAGUGAAGUUUGAUCAAACAGCAGAACACAUUAAGGUCCAGGCCCGACACACACAGAGGAGGAUUCAGGAUCAGUUUCAGAAGCUCCACCAGUUUCUGAAAGAGGAAGAGGAGGCCAGGAUGGCUGCACUGAGGGAGGAAGAGGAGCAGAAGAGUCAGAUGAUGAAGGAGAAGAUGGAGGCUCUGAGCAGACAGAUAGCAGCUCUUUCAGACACAGUCAGAGCCACAGAGGACGAGCUGAGAGCUGAAGACGUCUCAUUCCUGAACAACUACAAGGCUGCAGUGGAAAGAGUCCAGCAGCGCCCCCUGCUGGGCGAGCCACAGCUGCUCCCAGGAGCUCUGAUAGACGAGGCCAAACACCUGGGCAACCUGACCUUCAACAUCUGGAACAAGAUGAAGGAGAAGGUCUCCUACACUCCUGUGAUUCUGGAUCCAAACACUGCUGCUCCAAACCUCAUCCUGUCUGAAGAUCUGAGCAGCGUGAGAGGAAGAGAGAGACGGCAGCUUCCUGACAAUCCAGAGAGGUUUAAGAACUUGUUUGUCCUGGGCUCUGAGAGCUUUGACUCAGGGACUCACAGCUGGGAUGUUGAGGUUGGAGACAGAACAAGUUGGGCAGUGGGUGCUGUCCAGAGGAAAGGGCGCACAGUGUCUGGGAAAUGGAUUAUGUGGUUCCACGACGGUAAAUACAAAGUGCGGUCGCUACCAGGUCCACUGAUUGAUCUCACGUUGCAGGAGAAGCUCCAGAGGAUCAGAGUGAAUCUGGACUGGAACGGAGGAAGACUGUCGUUCUCUGAUCCUGAUACUAACAGACACUUAUACACCUUCACAGACACAUUCGCUGACAGGCUGUUUCCUUUAAUUCACACUUGGGGUGAAGUGAAGAUAUUAGCACAGAAGGUCCGUGUGACAGUGGAACAGAGCGUUUAGAGUUAAGAUGAGAUGAUUAUAUUGACUUUGAAGGCACAAAAUAUAAAGCAGGAUUACACUGACACAUACAGCAACUGAACUCAGCACCUUUUAUGCCAAACACAUCCUUGAUGUCUCCUUAGUGAACUACUUCCUGGUCCUGAAUACACACUGGGGUGUUUUAAACUGCUUUUGUCAGCUCGAUGGAAGUGUUAUAAAUAAAAAACACCCAUGGAAAAAGAA